GUCUGUGACGAGCCAGAGGAGUUAAAGAGGAAGGUCACUGAGCUGGCAGCCGCCGUCCGGAGCGCCAGGCACCUCGUCAUCUACACUGGAGCUGGGAUCAGUACGGCAGCGUCAAUCCCAGACUAUAGAGGCCCUAAUGGCAUCUGGACGUUGCUGCAGAAGGGCAGGAGCAUCAGGGCUACAGAUCUGAGCGAGGCAGAGCCCACACUCACCCACAUGAGCAUUGCCUGCCUGCACAAGCACAACCUGGUGCAGCAUGUGGUGUCUCAAAACUGUGAUGGGCUGCACCUGCGGAGUGGGUUACCCCGAGCAGCAAUAUCCGAGCUUCAUGGAAACAUGUACAUAGAGGUCUGCACUUCCUGCACGCCCAACAGAGAGUACGUGCGAGUAUUUGAUGUGACGGAGCGCACAGCCCUGCACAGGCACCACACUGGCAGGAUGUGCCACAAGUGUGGGGCACAGUUGAGAGAUACAAUCGUCCACUUUGGGGAGAAGGGGACGUUGACACAGCCCCUGAACUGGGAAGCAGCAACAGAGGCUGCGAGCAAAGCAGAUGUGAUUCUUUGUCUGGGUUCCAGCUUAAAGGUUUUGAAAAUUGCAAAAAAUCCCUCCCCUUUGGGGUCGGAGCAAACCCCCCCCCCGCCGUCCCAAGCUGUACAUCGUGAACCUGCAG